GCCCGGGCCAGCCCACAGCUACACGCAGCUUCGCCAGUUCCCCUGCCGUCGCAGCUACAGCAGGGUCGGGAUGGGGCAGUGGAGGGGGCACAGGGGUUUCACUAGGAGCCUUGAUUGUUAGCUCCCAGGUCUGGGUGCCUGCAGCCGGCGUGAGCAGCUUGUACCUAGCGCGGGUCUGCAGUGACAGAGCAGCGGAGGGAGGCUGGGCUCAGACUCAAGCCAGGACCCGGGACGCAGGAGUCAUGACGGACACCAGCCACAAGAAGGAGGGCUUCAAGAAAUGUAGGAGCGCUACUUUCAGCAUCGACGGGUACAGCUUCACCAUCGUUGCAAAUGAAGCAGGAGACAAGAAUGCCAGACCACUUGCCCGCUUCUCCCGGUCUAAGUCACAGAACUGUCUGUGGAACUCCCUCAUUGAUGGCCUCACUGGGAAUGUUAAGGAGAAGCCACGGCCAACAAUUGUCCAGGACACCCGACCCCCAGAAGAAAUUCUGGCAGAUGAAUUGCCACAGCUGGAUAGCCCAGAAGCAUUGGUGAAGACAUCCUUCAGGUUACGGUCUUUGGUCAAGCAAUUAGAGCGAGGAGAGGCAUCUGUGGUAGAUCUUAAGAAGAAUCUGGAAUAUGCAGCCACAGUGCUUGAAUCUGUAUAUAUUGAUGAGACAAGGCGACUGCUGGAUACAGAAGAUGAGCUUAGUGACAUUCAGUCAGAUGCUGUGCCUUCUGAAGUUCGGGAUUGGCUGGCCUCCACCUUCACACGGCAGAUGGGAAUGAUGCUUAGGAGAAGCGACGAGAAGCCCAGGUUCAAGAGCAUUGUCCAUGCAGUGCAAGCUGGGAUAUUUGUGGAGAGAAUGUACAGACGGACAUCAAACAUGGUUGGGUUGAGCUAUCCACCAGCUGUAAUCGACGCAUUGAAGGAUGUGGACACGUGGUCUUUUGAUGUCUUUUCCCUCAAUGAGGCCAGUGGAGAUCAUGCAUUGAAGUUCAUUUUCUAUGAAUUACUCACACGCUAUGACCUGAUCAGCCGUUUUAAGAUACCCAUUUCUGCACUUGUCUCAUUUGUGGAGGCCCUUGAAGUGGGUUACAGCAAGCACAAAAAUCCUUACCAUAACCUGAUGCAUGCCGCUGAUGUCACGCAGACUGUGCAUUACCUCCUUUAUAAGACAGGAGUAGCAAACUGGCUGACAGAGCUGGAGAUCUUUGCAAUAAUCUUCUCGGCUGCCAUCCAUGACUAUGAACAUACAGGAACUACCAACAAUUUCCACAUUCAGACACGGUCGGAUCCAGCUAUCCUGUACAAUGACAGAUCUGUACUGGAGAACCACCACCUGAGUGCAGCCUACCGACUUCUGCAGGAAGACGAAGAGAUGAAUAUUCUAGUCAACCUCUCAAAGGAUGACUGGAGGGAGUUCCGAACUUUGGUAAUUGAGAUGGUAAUGGCCACAGAUAUGUCCUGUCAUUUCCAGCAAAUCAAAGCCAUGAAGACAGCCCUGCAGCAACCAGAAGCAAUUGAGAAGCCGAAAGCCUUAUCCCUCAUGCUGCAUACAGCCGACAUCAGCCAUCCUGCGAAAGCAUGGGACUUGCACCACCGCUGGACCAUGUCUCUCCUGGAGGAGUUCUUUAGACAGGGUGACAGAGAAGCAGAGCUGGGGCUGCCGUUUUCUCCUCUGUGUGACAGAAAGUCAACCAUGGUUGCUCAGUCACAAGUGGGUUUUAUUGACUUCAUCGUGGAACCUACCUUCACUGUGCUCACGGAUAUGACCGAGAAGAUUGUGAGUCCCUUAAUUGACGAAAACUCCCAGACUGGUGGGACAGGCCAGAGGCGAUCAAGUUUGAACAGCAUCAACUCAUCAGAUGUAAAGAGGUCAGGUGUCAAGAGUUCUGGGUCAGAAGGAAGUGCUCCCAUCAAUAAUUCUGUCAUCCCUGUUGACUACAAGAGUUUUAAAGCCACUUGGACCGAGGUGGUGCAGAUCAACCGGGAGCGAUGGCGAGCCAAGGUACCCAAAGAAGAGAAAGCCAAAAAGGAAGCUGAAGAGAAGGCUCGCCUGGCUGCUGAGGAAAAGCAAAAGGAAAUGGAAGCCAAAAGCCAAGCUGAGCAAGGCACAACCAGCAAAGCUGAGAAAAAGACAUCAGGAGAAGCAAAGGGUCAAGUCAACGGAGCGCGUAAGGGUGACAACCCUCGUGGGAAGAACCCCAAAGGCGACAAGGCAGGCGAAAAGCAGCAGAAUGGUGACUUGAAAGACAGUAAAAAUAAGGCAGACAAGAAGGAUCACUCCAACACCGGAAAUGAGUCAAAGAAAACAGAUGAUCCAGAAGAGUAGAAAAGACCUCACAUAGACUGAGGCUGCCAGUGUCUCCCGCCAUUUUAGCUGAGCUUCUCCAUUCUCCUCCUCCCACAAAGACUCCUAUCUGGGGAAGGUGUACAGCUUUCAAAGCCAAGCCCCAUAUUUGGCCUUCUCUCGUCCUCCCAAGGACCUCUGGGAGUUGGGUUGUGGGCUUAGAAUUCUGGGGGAUUUCUUUCCCUGAAUACACAAAACCCAUGUGUGGGUCCUUGUAUUCUGCUUAUUUUCAUUUUGGUUUUGCCCCAUCCCCACCACAACAGGAAUCAAACACAAAAGGCUAUUUGACAAUCCAUUACUAAUAAUUUGGCUGUCUGGACCUGGUGAAAGGCUGACAUCCUGGAUGCACUAAAUGAGGCCUGGAGACUGCCAUUUUGUUUUUGUUAGUGCUGUUACCUUAGGCUGUUGCCUUUCCCACUGACUCCUGAUGGUGAAUAUCACCAGGCUUGCCUUCAUCACAACGAAAGUGAAAUGUCAAUCUCCAAUUCUUCUUCUUCUUCUUUUUAAAUCAGUUGAGAACUUUUUUUUUUUCAGUUUACUUUAUGAGUUAAAGUUAAGAACAAUUUUUUUCCAUUUGUGUAACAUGAAAUAUUGUUUUUUAAGAAGAACUUAUACUAAAGGACUCUGUAUUUGAUGCUUAAUUUAUUAUCUGUAAACUCAUGAAUAUAAACUUGAAUGUGUUAGUUGAUGACCAUACUGCCAAGUGGUUUCCCCGGGGCUUUCACUGGGUAGUACCUAUCACUACAAUGUCACUGAAAUAUUGACCAUUGCCUUGUCAUUUUCUUUUGAGUAUCUAUAAAUUGGCCUCAUUAAUUAAAAAAAAAAUGUUUUAAAAACGGAAGUGAUAAGGGAUCCAGAAUCAGAGAGAUGAGUAAGGUAAUACUUUUCAUUUAAGUGAGAUUUUAACACAACAAAGGAGUUGAUUAAUAGCACAGAUACACUAUAAAGAUAAGAGGUUUGACAGGGAAAGGGAAUAGAAAUAGAUUGUCUGGAAGCCAAACAGAAAGUGGGAUCCAGUGGAAUGCAAGGAAGGUAUGAUUUUUCUCCCAUGGUUUGAUUUGGAUGUAUUUUUCUUAUGUAGUGUUAGGUCCCUUCUGAAAGUAAUGCAUGUCCUAUGGGAUUAAUGUCAGGAAGAGAAUGAACUAGGUGACAGGCUUAGAUGAAUUCUACAUAUUUCACUUCUACAUUAAAAGCAUAAAGUCAGAUAUUUUAAAGUAUCUGUAUUGCUGAAAUAAGUUACUGGUGUUUCUUCAGAGGUUAAGGACGACUGUGUAUGUAUGGUUCUUGGGACCUCUUGGCUCACAGAAACAGGCUUCAGCAGGAAGAUGGGAAGAAAGCUGUUGCCUGGACCACACAAGGCCUGAUGUUUCCCAACUUUUCUCUGUUGGUUGUGUAUUUGGCCUCAUCACAACACUGACGCUUCUUCACUGCUCUACCUGCUUUUCUAAAUAAAUCACGAGGUUUCAGAUUUAAAUGACUUUGGGAGCAUAGAGGGAGGGGCAAAUGUAUGAUUAGAACAAGCCAUUAAUAUCUAAUCAUUGCAAUACAGGGCAGUUUGAUGGGCCGUGAUAUCAAUGAGACAGUGGGAAAGAGUGAGGAUCUUGGGGCACUGGAGAGGUGUGGCUGUGAGGGAAGAGUGAGGAUGCUCAGGACUUGAUGAAGCUGGGUAUUGGUGAACAGUAAGGAUGGGGAGAAACUGCUGAGGGAGAUGCUGUGGUAAGAAGG